CACCACAGUCUUGACAGCGAACAUAAGACGGACAUGUACGCCGACCGUUAACGACACAGCCACUUAGCUGGCUAAUUAGCUCGUAGACCGUUGGACUCCACUGUCCACACAAAUCAUUAUCUUUCAAGGUUGUUUUAUUUAAUCAUAAACUGUAGCAUGCAUGUAGUGAGUUAGUUAGUAAAAUGGCGUUCAAGGGCCACCAACGCGAGGAUGAAAAUAUCGACGAAGAACUAACGCCCACGAAGCAGCCACGGAACGAGCCCGACAAUGAGGCAGCCGCGCCCGCAGGAAGAGACGCAUCCGAACGGCGGAGCUCCAACUCGACGCCGAGGCAUCGGAGCGACUCUGUGAAGAAAACAAGGCCGCCCUUUCCCUGGUUUGGGAUGGACAUUGGAGGCACUCUAGUGAAGCUGGUGUACUUUGAGCCCAAAGACAUCACAGCAGAGGAGGAGCAGGAAGAGGUGGAGAACCUGAAGAGCAUCCGGCGCUACCUAACCUCCAACACCGCCUAUGGGAAAACGGGCAUCAGGGAUGUGCACCUGGAGCUGCAGGACCUGACGCUGUGCGGCAGGACGGGCAACCUGCACUUCAUCCGCUUCCCCACGCAUGACCUGCCGGCCUUCCUGCAGAUGGGCCGCAACAAGCACUUCUCCAGCCUCCACACCACCCUCUGCGCCACAGGAGGGGGGGCGUACAAGUUUGAGUCUGAUUUCCGCACGAUGGCGGACCUACAGCUCCACAAGCUGGAUGAGCUGGACUGUUUGAUUCGAGGGGUCUUGUACAUCGACUCGGUGGUGUCCAGCGGACCCUCAGAGUGCUACUACUUUGAAAACCCCACUGACCCAGAUCGCUGCAUCCAGAAGCCCUACACACUGGAGAACCCCUACCCUCUGCUGCUGGUCAACAUAGGGUCUGGGGUCAGCAUCCUGGCCGUUUACUCUGAGACCAACUACAAACGAGUUACAGGGACCAGCCUCGGUGGUGGGACCUUCCUGGGCCUGUGUUGCCUGCUGACUGGCUGCUCUACAUUCGAGGAAGCUCUAGAAAUGGCUUCUCAAGGGGAGAGCACCCGAGUGGACAAGCUGGUUCGGGACAUCUAUGGAGGAAACUAUGAGAGGUUUGGGCUGCCAGGUUGGGCUGUAGCUUCAAGUUUUGGUAACAUGAUGUCCAAGGACAAGAGGGAGUCUGUGUCCAAAGAGGACCUGGCCAGGGCGACACUGGUCACCAUCACCAAUAACAUCGGCUCCAUCACCAGGAUGUGUGCUCUCAAUGAGAACAUCGAGAGAGUGGUGUUUGUUGGUAACUUCCUGAGAGUGAACACCCUCUCUAUGAAGCUGCUGGCCUACGCCAUGGACUACUGGUCUAAAGGACAGCUCAAGGCGCUCUUCCUGCAGCAUGAGGGCUACUUCGGAGCAGUUGGGGCCCUGUUGGAGCUUCUGCAUCCGGCCUAAUCCAUCCCCUCUACAUCCAAAGAAGUACUUGUCAAUCUGCUGCAAAAACCUUUAGCACUUUAGACUGUCCAGAAUUAAUGUUGUGUCCGCCACCAGCCAGUUACUGGUCCAUUUUGGUUGUUUGGCAGGCAAACUGUCAAACAUUUGGGGGUCCUAUUACAUUUUCGGCAAUCAACUGGUUUGUAAAAUUGUGAAAGAGGAAUCGAAAUUGUGAUUCACAUGCUGUUGCAGUCUGGAUAGAAGAGUUUCCUGCCCUGUCUAAAGUCUUAUGAAGCAAAGUAAUUUGCUGAAACCAGCCGGGUUGGGUCUGAAACGUUUGCCUGAAACUCUUAAAAUGUACUCGUCAUCACAAAGUCUUAUGAACUGCGUUUGUUCAAUUCAUCUGUACGAUAUUAGUUUAUAUUAUGGUUGCUAGAACUUAAAAAUAACCACAGGAAAUGUUUUACCAGUAAAGCAUCAUUCAUCAUUGCUUAUGUCCUAAAUAUGUUGUGGAUUAAUUGUUUGGGCUAUUAAUCAGACAAUAGCUCAAUAUGCCUGACUUAGGUUUUCAGAGCCAAAUAUGACUUCUUUAAAAUGCGUGUUUCGUCCAAACAGCAAUUCUAAACCAAAAUAUAUUAUGUUUACUAUCAUAUAAGAUGGUGAUAUGCAAUAAAUCUUCAUAUCUCAGAAGCUAGAAAGAGGACAUGUUGCUGAUUAUCACUGAUUGACUAAUCCUUUCAGCUCUACAUAUGUGCAGUCCUCAAUAACGACAUAUAGGAAAUCAACACUGGUCAAAUUUGUCAGUCAUGGAUGAAAUCUUGAGACUUUAGACAAUUGAACUAAAAUGUAAAGACUGUAAGGCAAGAUAUUGUCGUGAUGGUACUCCCAUCUGAUAAUCGUAAACUUAAGCAAAACACUGAGAAUCAUUUACAACCACUAAUUAUUUGUGUUUUAUCAUCCUUGAGCACUUAUUCAUCGUCAUCUUUUGGACUUUAAAUGAGAGUGUGAAUGAAACAACCAGGUUUUCCUCACUGAAUGUUGACAUUUAAACCUGUAUUUCAGUCUCUUAACUGUCAACAUAAUUGAUAAAAAAGAAAAGAAAUCCACACAAGGUCAAACACAUAUCAUCUUCAAAGGAGUCAUGCUUAAUGUUUGUUAUGUUUCUGAACCCAAUUAUUUAACCCAAGCUGUCUUUUUGUAACCGUGUAUCUAGUAAAACUAGACAAAUCAGUUUUGAGGUUAGUGAGACUGGACUGAAAAGUGAUAAAUUGAAGUCCCUCCCUGUUCUCUGCCCUGCUGAAGUGCCCUUGAACCAUUGUGAAAAGUGAAAAAGAUAUGGAUUUUGAUGAAUGUGAAAAUUGAGGUAAAACUUAGGGCAUUAUAUCCCUGAAUUUUCCCCAGAUGUAAUAAUAAUAAAAACAUUAUUUUAAUGCAGAAACUUGAUGCAUCCCUCCAAUGGAGGCAAUGUUUUAAAUUCACUGUAUGUCUUGGUCAGGCUUCCUGAUUUUAGUUUUUUUUAGUAAGGUAUAACUUGAAAAAUUGUCAACCUUGUGUUUCUGACAUGCUUCUUGUCAGAGUUGUUAUUUGUCCCAUCAUUUCAUUUAAUGCUUAUCCGUCCAAUUUUAAUGUCAUCUCUUUGUUCAGUAAUCGCUCCAUUAAUGGAUUACAGGGACCAUGAAUCCUCCACUACCUAAGAGAUUUGACUCGCUAAUUAGUUGGACAGUUUUUCAGCUGUUAGUUACUUGAUAAAAUGUAUGUGAAAGUUCUUUAUACAGUAAGUUGAUUUUAAAAUAAAGUGCCUGUCAUGUUUUUGUAUAGAAUACAAUAAUGUGUUCAGCAAUGUGAUUUGAAAUUAGACAAACGGGUCUGUGAUUUUUGUAGGUGUCCCACUAUUUGCUUGUAAUGUUAAAUUACAAAGAAGUCAUUACAAAUUCGCUACUGCGUUGUUCCUAAUAAAUACACGCUUUUUCAUAUCUUUGUGACAA